AUGUCAGUUGAUUUCGAGACCGACAUUCUUCUUCUCACUUGUGCGAGUGGCAAGCAAUGCUCUCAGUUGAUCCCUCUCCUCUAUAAUCAAUGGAAGCACUUACGGCUCGUCGUGAACACUGUGUCUUCCGAAGAGUCUCUGAAGACAAAGUGGCCCAAUGCGACAGUUGUGCGAGCUGAUAUGUCCCGCAGCGAAGAUGCGCGGCGCUUAUUGUCUGGAGUCACAACCGUGCUUUAUAUUGGACCAUCUGUCCACUGCCAUGAAACUGAAAUCGGCUAUACCAUGAUAGAUGCCGCGCGACACGAGUUCCAACAUGGUACUCUAAAGCACUUCAUUUACUCCUCCGUUCUCCACCCACAAAUUCGCAAGUUGAUGAAUCAUGAUUGCAAGCGUUAUGUGGAAGAAUACCUGAUUGAAUCUGGGCUUGACUAUACCAUUCUUCAGCCGAGUCAUAUUCUAGAUCAAUUUCCUGUGGAGAAGUUGCUUCAAUCAGAAGACCCUGUCUUUCCUGCCAGCUUUGAUCCGCAGGUAAAAUUCUCCUUUACCAUACUACAGGAUCUGGCGGAAGCAUUUGCGCACAUAAUCAACGAGAGAGAGAAGCAUUAUCUGGCUGAGUACACGGCUUGUUCCACUGCACCAACCUCCUAUGCCGACCUGAUUGCAAUGCUGAGCGAGGAAAUCGACAAGCCCAUUCAGAUCAUAAAAAGGAAUUCUUCGAAUCCGCAGACCAGUUUCAAAACAUGCUGGCUGGAAAGUACGCGCGAUACAAUCCAUCGACUGCUACUUUACUACAAUAUUUAUGGCAUCAAAGGCAACCCGAACGUGCUGGGGUGGCUGAUUGGGCGGACACCAACAACUGUAAAAGAAUUUCUACGUCAGAAAAUUCUUGAUGUCAACAAAUCUCAAACCUAG